GUACUCCACCGGCCCGAACCCUGUUCUGAGCUGGUGCGACUAUGUCCUUGAUUUGGAGGCGCGCCGGCAAUGCGUCUACGAGCGUUUGAGCAAAGAGCUGGACUUGCUUGUUGAGGAAGGCGUCGACCUUUUCUUCUCUCAGUGGCUGUACGAGGAGCACAUGACCUUCGACAAGUUCCGUGUCAAUAUCGACUAUGCUUUCGAUGUGAACUUCGAGGGUUACGUGCCUCUCUUUCCCAUUGUCGUGCCGAUCUUCGGUCAAACAGAAGUUCGUGUCAGUUGGCCAAUCUGGGAGUACCUCUUCUUCGAAGUCUACCACGGGGCCUUUGAGAAGAGGGUGGGCACCAGCGGAACGAUUGCCUCGGGGGUGGACCAAUGCUGGUUCGAGCACAAUGCUUGCAUCCCUUCCUGCGAAGAUGGCCUUGGAGG